AUAAUCAGAUCAUUCAAACCCACUCCGAAAUCCACUCCUCCUUGUCCUCGCAUCCAAACAUUACGCUAAGCUUUUCCGCAAAGCACCCACCUAUAUCUAAUGAAACAGCAGCACCUAGUUAUCCGUAUUCAUAAGGGCCUCACGGCCUAUCAUCUAUGGGAUUUCAUCAGAGACUCAGAGCAGCAGUCCACCCCACAUCUAAAAGUUGCGAUCGACCGCGCCCUGCUUCCGCCCCAUCCAUCCCCGGCCGUGACCUAUCCGUACCUCUUCCGACCCUCUAUCUUCUUCCCUCGCUCUCUACCACACUACUACUUUUUCAGGUUUCCUCUCAACGCACAAACAAAAUCCUUUCGGGCAACCUUGUCCUCCAACGCCGGCUCCAAUGCUGAAGUAGGCUUUACGCGAAGAAUCGCAAGCAAUAGAGAGUCUGAAUCCCUGCGCCCUGAGCCUUGUGCCCAUUCGUGGCUCAUUCAUGAUUCAUCCAACAUGUGUUCCGUCCACCGUUACAACGUCCACCCCCGUACUCCCGCAUCCGUGACCAUUGUGCACAGUCUGCUGUUCGGUCGCCCAAGACAUCCGGUGACAGGCUACACAGCCAGUCACCUUGACAUGAGGUCUCCGUCUUGGGCCCAGCUCGACCAGCCUCGUGCAACCUCCGCAGUCCCGGGUCACUCUAUUACGUGUCGUGGAUGCAUGGUCACCCACAAAUGUGUGCCCAAUAGAAAGAGGAAUGGUGCCAAAGUUGCUACCAUUUGUAACCAAUCUCACCCAUCCACCCGUCGUCGAUUUGUCCAAGCCGUUUCGCUGUUGGCCCAUGGCCCGCUUGUGUAUGUACAAAUGCCGCCGUCGUUGUACCCUAAGAAUCGUAGCCCGACUCUCGUACCGGGAAAGCAGGGCUAUUCGUCUAUGAUCACUUGGCUCGGCCUUGUGACAAAACCCACCGAUGUUGAGGUUCGCCUGUCGGCUGCCGAGCUCUCCCAAACCACCAGUCGAAAGGGGAGACAGAGAAUUUGA